AAACCGAGCAGACCGAGCAGACAGACUUCAAACAAAACGAAAAGUGUGGUCGCCGAGUCAAGACCUCCCAAGAAAAAUCUCGCACCCGUAAUUUUCGUAUCGGAAGAAAACGCAAACCCAAAGUGGACACAGCUUCCGGCGCCCUGUUUCGGUUCCUAUUAAGUUUCGUUGUUUGUUGUUUUUGAAUAGUUUAUCCCGGUGAAAGUCGAAAAAAAUCAGAAAAAAUGUUUUGGGGACUCGUGUUGAAGGCGAACAAAAAGUACUCGCAAACGGUGCAGAAGGCGUUCCACCUGAGCCAGGCGGCCCUCGAUUUGUCCAAGUGCGGAGAUGGCGAUGUACAGGUUAUGUUAACCUCGGAGGACAGCACCUAUCUGUUGUGUACGCUGGGCAAGAAAACUCCGCAAGUGGCGCUGGAUCUGAACUUUGACGAGGGCGACCAGAUUAGCCUGAGCACCAAGGGCGAGGGCGUGGUCCACCUGACCGGAUAUCUGGUGCCGAGCGAGGAGGAUUUCUUCGGCGGGGAUGACGAUGAAGAGCUCGAGGAGGAGGAGGAAGUGGAGGACUCGCCACAGAAGGGAAAGGGCAAGGAACGCAUCGCCAAGAAGGUCGCCCAGAAAGUGAACGCCAAGGAAGUCCAGCUGGAGGAAGAUGGCGAGGAGGACGAUCUGGAUGAGACGUUCGAACCCCCGAAGGGUGCUGCCAAGAAGGCCGGUGCUGCGGAGGAAGAGGAAGACUCCGACGACGACGAUGAUGAGGAUGACGAUGACGAUGAGGACGAUGAUGAAGACAUGGAAGACAGCAAAUUGGACGGAGAAGCGGACAGCGACGACGACGAUGAAGAUGACGAUGAUGAAGACGAGGAUGAGGAUGAUGAUGACGAGGAGGACGAAUCCGAAGACGAACAACCGAAAGCCAAGGUUGCUAAAGUGGAAAAGAAGGGCUCCAAGCAGAACGGCGUCGAAAAUGGCAAAGCUUCUCCCAAGGAACUGAAGAAGGAUGGCCAACAGCAGCAGGAAGCUAAGACACGCACCCUCCAGGGUGGACUGGUCGUGGAAGACCUCAAAGUUGGCGGUGGCCCAGAAGCCAAGCCAGGCAAGAAGAUUGCCGUCUACUACGAAGGUCGCCUGAAGAAGAACAACAAGGUGUUCGAUUCGACCAACAAGGGACCCGGCUUCAAGUUCGCCCUUGGCCGCGGAGAAGUCAUCAAGGGAUGGGAUUUGGGAGUGUCCGGAAUGAAGGUCGGAGGCAAGCGACGAUUGACCGUGCCCCACCAGUUGGCCUACGGAACCCGAGGAAGCCCCCCGGUGAUCCCCCCGAACAGCACUCUGGUCUUCGACGUGGAGCUGAAAAACGUCUUCUAAAAGAGCAUUUAGCCUCAUCCUAAAUAAUUAUAAAUAAUUUAGAACACGAUAAGGUACAACUACACUAAUAACCACAACACAAAACAAAAACACGAGCAGUUCCGAUAAAACUGACCGCUGGUAUAAUCUUAGCCAUUAAAGGGUACGAAUUGUAAACUAGGAUUAGAAAACCAACGAUACAUUCACCUUACCAUAGGAGGAACUACCCGCAAAGGUACCCAGAAAGCCACCCGGUGUUAACCUGUACAAAGUGAUCCACACAAUUUCCCCCCAAACAGUUUCAACAUCCAUUCUUCUGAUCCGGGUUAUUGCUUCUUUUUGUUGUAAAAAGGUUGCAUUAACUAACGCGCGUUUGUUCGCAACAUUCUUCGUUCCGGAGUGUGUGUGUUAGCAGAGACUAUAUUAACAAAAAAAAAAAACCGAAACACGAUUGAAAGUGAGUCAAUAAAGUUUGUGUAAAAAUA